AACGACGAGCUGGAGAAACUGCAAUCACGACCCGUUGACGACCUUUCUUUGAGUGUACACCACCGCCAACAUGGAUAGUCGAGAUAAGAAGUACGCCAGUGGUAUCGAGAAAGCGCUUGUUCUAUUUGAUACUUUGAACGAAUGGGCAGAUUACAUUGCCUUUCUCUCGAAACUGCACAAGGCGCUUCAGCAGAAGCAUACAACACAACAUUGGAUCCCUCACGACCUUCAGAUCUCUAUAAGACUAUCCAAGUGUCUCUCUCCGAACUUGCCGUCAGGGGUUCACUCGAAGACGUUGGAGCUUUACAACUUCAUCUUUGCGGAGUUGGGGAUUGAAAAGCUGAGCAACUCGGUCAAUGUUUGGAUACCAGGUAUCCUCCCAAUUAUGCAAUUUGCAUCCAUCAGCAUCAAACCCUUGGUUAUAGAUCUUUACAAGAGCUACAUCUUGACUCUGCCGCAGCAGAGACUGAAAAUACUGGUGAAGCCGCUGUUGUCGUACCUUCUGCCGUCAAUUGACGAUGAGAGAUCGGAUUUCUUUGAAGCUUCUUUGGCGCUCAUCGAUACGCUCAGAAGGAACUUGCACGAUGAUUCGCUUCUAUGGCAAUCUGUAUUCUUAAUCAUCAUUACGAGUGAGGAAAGACGUCUUGGCUGCUUGGUUUGGUGUAAUAAGAGACUGCCUGAUCUCAACAUUGUCGUGCCACCCCCACCUGAGAAUGACGAUUCCAAUAAUUACUACAAAACCAAACUGCUGGAAGCGAUGACCCAGGAGCAGAAAAGCUUAAUUACACCGGAACCUGGACUCAUUGUCAGAGCGUUCAUGAAGAUCUCCGAGUCACCAAACAUUUUGAUCCAAAGAGGAUUUUUCGACCUCUUGAUCAAGAACCUUCGCUUGAAUUCGACGGUUCUUCAAAAGCUCAUCCCCGAAAGCGAUCUUCAACAGUUGAUCAUCAGCACAAUAUCUGCUAUAUUGAAGAAAGAUAUGUCUAUCAAUAGAAGAGUUUGGAACUGGUUGAUGGGUCAGGACGCAACGUCCGCGCAGCAAUUGAACUACUUCAAGACGAACGGAGCCAAGUGCCUCAUUGAGGGAAUUUUAAAGUUGAUUGAAGGGAAAUAUGACCAUCAACCAAUCGCUACUCAACAAAUUCGUGCAUUGAAGAUUACGCUGGCGUCAAUGGAUAGAUGGGAAAUCGGUUCUCUCUUGAUCCCAAACGUUUUCAUUCCUGCUUUAAAAUCUGUAAUGUAUUCAGUUGAAACGAAGAGUGACCAAUAUGAAGAUGUAUUGAAGAGUGGAUCGGCACUGUUCGAUUCUGUGGAGACUCUGAUCAUAUACGGUGAACUGGAAAGCUUGUUAUUGAAGGGUGAAGUUGAAUUUGCAACCUUUAUCCUUCAACAUUUCAACGUUCAAGAUGAAGAGAUGAUGGUGCACCAACUACCUCUGCUUCUUUUAACAACUCUUAUGAAUGCUCAGAACAACAUUGAAUGGGUUAAUCUGACAAACACCAUCAUUUCUCUGGUCCCGCAAAGAGCAUAUCUACCUAUAGAGCAUGCGUCUGAGGAAUCGAAAACUAUUUCAACAGCUGAAAUCACUGAAAGAAUUGGAAAUUAUUACAAGGGAACAGAGAUGCUUGACUUACCAUUCCAAGCUGCAGACUUAUCUCAAGUGACCCUGAAAAUGGCCACUGAUGUUGCUAUCUCUAGCAUCAAAUCAGACUCUGGAUAUGAAUAUCUUCCAGUGUUGGGUGGUAUUGUCGAUCUCAUACCAGAACUCAAAUUUUAUGAUGACGACCUCAUUCAAGCUAUUGUCACAUAUAAGAACUCGGGAUAUUGUACUAUAGCAGUGGCAAAACUGCUCACAAAGGUUAAUUUCCCAAACCCUUGUACUAAGAUUGAAGUUUUGAAGCAUGUCGUUUCACAACUGUGUCAAUUAUUACAAGAAUCUGGCCAGUGUUACCAAGUUGAGAUUGUGAAAUCACUCCAUCUCCUUACAAUGUCCCACUCUUCAUACUACAUUGAAGCAGCAAUAAGUAGUUACAUGUUGACUUUGGAAAGUUUCAGCGAUCGUUUGAAGGUGUUCAAUUAUUUGUGGACUCAUGCUACGGAUAUUUUUGUCCUCGAUAGACCUCUCCAUGUUAUUCUGGACGACUUGACAGAAGCAAAUGGUUCAGCGUUCACUAUCAUUCAAGGGUGGAUUGAAACUGUUAUCAAUACAGGCACAGUCAAUACUCUCUUUCAGUUGAUCACUAAUAAGCUGCAUGAAACGCUCGAUGAUGAUGUUGUAUUUUCUUAUCACGUUUCAAUUCUGUACAGGAUACUCAAUAUGGAUAAAAAGAAGAUGCUUCCUCUUUUCAGAGACGAACUUGCAGUGAUAAAUUCUGUUGAGUAUAAAGAUGAAAAUGUUUCAACUUAUAAAGACUUUACACUGUUUCAAUUGAACCGUUUUGUGAAACAGAAAAGGUUCAAUUCAAGUACUUUUGGUACAGUCUUGAAACUCUAUGAGCUUUUGUUGGAUGGUUCUGAACCAACAUUUGAACUGUACGUCGAUCUUGUCUUUCAGAUCUCAAAGGAGGUGGCAGAAUCUUCCUUCGAUGGACACCGUGAAGUGAUCAUCAAUCUACUGUUGAACCACUUGACCGAACUCACAAAGCUUCUGCUGAAUUCAAAUAGGAAAAUAUCAAGUCUUUUUGAAAAGGCAGAUGGCAGCAAUCAACCUUUGAUAGUGGAAUUCUUGAUUUCAACCUUCCAAAGACUAGACAAUUCAGCACUUCUAAGCACUUGGAUUGAUCUGUUGAGCACAUCGUUGAAGUUUCAAGACAAUGACAUUUUCCAAUUUGUUGAGCCUAUUUCCACGAUAAUAAUCAACAAGGUGAAUGAACUUUACAAUAAUGGACUGGAUGCAAAGGAUGAAACUUCCAUAUCUUUGUUAUUGAACGAACUUCAAGAUGUUCUAUCACUAUUCAGAACAUAUGUCGUUACAGUAGAGAUCAAUACAAGCAAGGCUUCUAACAACGACCCUGGUUUCUUCUCCUCAGUUGCUGGUGUAUUCAACUCAGAUUUCACCAAACAAUACAAUUCAGACCUUGAGCUCAGUGACAGCCGUCGUGUUCUUUUUGAUUGCAUAAGAGAAUCCAUAAGAACGAGCUUUAUCAUUUGGAAGAACUCUGAUAAGGUCUUAAGAGACACCACUAACCCAGAGAACACUUCUUUGAAAUACCAGUCGCUGAAAUUGAAACACAAGUCAAAGUUUGUAAUGGAAAAGCUGUAUGAACUGGAACCAUUGGAAGUUUUGAGUACUCUUAUCAUGGGGGCUUCAAAGGAUGACAAUAGUGUCUCUUUCAAGAUCCUACACGUUUUGGAUAAUUCCAGGCCACAGCUAACAAUACCAUAUAUCUUUAAACUGUUAACGCAGACUGUUGAUGAAAAGAGAGUUCGACCAACAAUGUUUGAAGUCAGCGACUUUUUGGUCAACUAUACAAUGUCGCUACAGGAUGACACUAUUGAAGAUAUUUUCGAGGAUUCCUCGUCAUUUUUAAAGACUGUUGUUGAGCACUUGAACUCCUAUAAGCCUAUCCUUUUGAAUGUUCUGCAGUUUUUGAGUGUUUUGGCAACAAAAGUGAGCUAUUCUAAAUUUGGAUCCCAAAAGAAGGUGAAGAAGGAGUUGAGUGACACAUUCUUGAAGAUUUACCCUGUGGCACUGAACUUUAAGCAUGCUGAUAUCUCGAAUGCCCUGUCCUCCUCUAUUCAAGAUCUGUCACUGGCUGGUCUUGACCAACCAAGUGGCUUAGAAGAGAGUACCAUGGGCUCGACUCCUACUGCAGAUGUUAUCAUCAGUCAGGAGGAUAUUAUGAAAUCCAUAAAAGCUAUUAUUCCCAAAUUAUCAAACAUUGUUACCGAUUCUGAUAAGCAAUCUUCUGUUGUUUCUGCUAUUUUGGUCACGUUGUUAACACCAAGUCUAAAGUCGAAGAAAUUUCCUGAAAACAUUAGUACCUAUCAGAUGGAAUUGCUGAACGAGAUUGUAAACUAUUAUCCAAACUCGAAAAGUUUGAGGUUUUUACUGUCUGAGGUAUUUAAUGACCCGAAAUUUUUCAAGAUCAAACUAUGUGACAUUGGCCUUUGGAACUCUACCCUUUCAAAGUGGCUUGUUGCAGAGCCUAACGAUAAGAUUCUGGAUUACCUCACAAAGUGCUCACAGUCUUCUAACAACAUGAACAUUUUCAACUGGAAUGACAAUGAGCAACUUCUCAAGCUGUUGAAUCUAAAGCGUGUUGCCUAUAUGAUCCUAAUUGGUGAUACAGAUCAGCACAUCGUUUUAUUGAAGGACAUUUUCGACAAACUGGAUUCUCUCCUUCAGCAGAGUGAACAUUUCCUCCCAGAAGUUUUCUUGAUAAUCAGAGUGAUUGUUUUGAAGUUCUCUGAAAUCCAUCUGUAUGAUUAUUGGACCUUGAUCUACACUUCGCUACAAACGUUCUUUGUUGGAUUGUUGAACACCACUGAUUACUCCACUGUUGAUUCUUCUGCUGUACUACAGGCAUGUAAAUUACUGGAUGUGAUCUUGUUGUUGGAAUUUGAAGACUUCCAAGAGUGGUUAUUUGUUAUUGACACCAUCAAUGCCAUUUAUAGAAAUGUGGAUGUUGUCAGUCUUGUUGAUGAGAUAUCACUUGUGGAUUCGUUGUUCCAUCCUCCGAGUGAUAUGAAACCGCUUGUUGUUAACAAGACCGUGGAGCCAUCAUCUCCAAGGGUACCAUCUCUGAUAGGCGUGAAACAGGUCGAUAGUAUUGCCUAUUUGAAGCCAUUUUUCAGUGGUCUGAGCUACUACAACUUUGAGAACGUCUAUAACGGUGGUUACGUUGAUUAUGAAACCUGUAAACAAGACCUCUUUGGGGACUUGUUCGACGGUGACAAUGCAUCAUGAAAACAGUAUCGCUGUUGUUUCUUUUAUUUUCUUACUCUUUAUAAAAGUUUGAAUCUAUAAACGCUUAGAACUUCCCAUCCGGCCUUUCUAGUCAUGAUAUGUUCACAUUGCCAACCUUUCUGUUCCAUGUUUUCCACAACUUGUUGUGGCUUAUUCCUGGCACAGAAUAAGAUGUAUGCUACACCGUUUGGCGAUAGAAUCGUUCCCAAGGAUUCGAGCAAUCUAUCGGUUACAACCAUCCCAUCAGAGCCACCCAGCAGUGCCAAAUCGAGCCAUUCAUAGGCGUCCUCAGACUUGGGAAUACCAGGCACUUCCUCCGCAGGUACGUACGGUGGGUUGAAGAUGAGAAUAUCAACGAUGUUGUCCCUCAGUGCAGUUGUAAGGUCUGACCUGAUUGAGUCAAGAUAUGGAGUACCACCGUUCUUCAAGCUCGUUG